GGUACUUACCUAAGGUUGAAAACUUAUGUUAUUAUCAUGCGCUCAUAGUAGAUGCCUACUUUUCUGUCUAUCCGCCUCUGCUGCGGCUAUGAGACAUUCUGCAAAGUGACCUGCGCAGUCUGGCCUCGCAUAUAAGAGAUAUCGGUCUAUAGGAGUAUAUGCACACGAUACAUCAGUCAGACAACAUGGGGUUUGAGCCUGAACCCUUCGCAGAAGGCUCUCCAAGUCUCAUUAGAGAUAUAUCAGAAGCCACAUGGACACCACUCUUCCGAAAGAGGUGCUCAUUCGAAUCAAGCUACUUCUUCAAGGUCAUGGAUAAUCUCAUCCGUAAUCCAAAUAUCAAUUCUGCCUGGCUCUUCCGCGCAGAUAUCCUAGUUGAGGGAGACUCUGCGCAGACUCUUGCGCAGAUUGCCGAAACAGACGAGACGGGUCCCAAGCCCCGUGUUGUCCAGUUCGCGGGUUACCGUUUAGAUAAACUGCUCGUUCGAAGACUGAUACCGAGGAAUCCUCAGAGAGAUCCACCUUUAGACCAAACGUGCUUGAUCUACCACAGCUGUGGAGCAGAUGAGAACGACACUUCUUUCUCAAUGGUUGUCUAUAAACCACAUGUCUCUUCCCAUUCUGAUGUGCCGUUUUACCACCCCAAGGUAAAGGGCGUCGCAUUUCACCACGAGUGGAAUACCAAGCUGAAUGAAGGCACUGUUUCCAUUCAUUACCAUUUCUUUGACGACUACGGCUCAUCUCCCAAGUUGGUGAGAACGGGGCUGCACCUGCUAGCCACACUUCAUAAACAUGGAGAGGGGGCCAAAGCGGGAUACGUGAAGCGCGUUCACCAUGAUACUAUCAUUCCUCAAGCUACUGUUCAGUCAACAUACACAAGGCUUAAGAUGAAGUAUGCACGAAGACUCAUCGAAGAAUGGGUCGAGGUCACGGAUCCAGCAAAACACUGCUUCGAGGAUUUGGGAAUAGCUGCGUUUCUUAUUGAGCUCUGGGCCCAAAUGUAUCAAGACUCCCCCUUUCCUGGCUUCGUGGAUAUAGGAUGUGGGAAUGGUCUGCUGGUAUACAUUCUACGUCAAGAGGGCUACUCAGGAUGGGGAUUUGAUGCCCGGAAGCGUAAAUCGUGGGUUAACUUCUCGGAAAGACUCAAAACGUCUUCCGAAGAUGACAUGGACGAAAGUCUGCGUCAACUGGUACUGCUUCCGGGGAUUUUACAAGAUCAGGAUUCACAAGAUGACGAGCUUGCUAAACUGCUUCACGAUGGGAUGUUCCCAAAGGGAACUUUCAUUAUUUCAAACCACGCAGAUGAGCUGACACCGUGGACGCCAAUUCUUGCUACUAUAUCGGACUGUCCAUUCAUGAUGAUACCAUGCUGCAGUCACGACUUGACAGGGGCCAGGUUCAGGGCUGCCGCACCGAAGGAAAAGGGCAAGUCUGCAUCGGCAUAUUCGUCUCUUGUGGAAUGGGUAAAGCAAAUCGCCCACGACUGCGGUUGGGAGGUCGAAACAGAGAUGCUUAGGAUCCCAAGUACACGCAAUACAGGCAUCUUAGGAAGACGCCGUUUAGAGAGUUGGGCCUCUACUGAUAUUCCUGCUAUACUGAGGAAAUAUGGUGGCACGAGUGGAUAUGUAGACAACGCUAUCAAGCUAAUGAAGACGGCUCCAAGAGGCCAUUGAUGAUGACUACGGUACAAACAUAACUGUGCUUUUCAGAGAAUGAACAUCGAAAGACUGCAAGUGAUAGGUACGCAUCCCCAUCCAUCUCAUGAUAUCCUUGUCUGUA